UCAUGACCGGUGAAAAGUUUGUCUCUGAUUGUAAAUAUUCGCGUACAUCAUUAAACUUUUAUAAAUAACAAUGACGAGAAGUGCUAACUCUACUAAAUUAGUAAAAGUUAUAAUGUGCUGUGGCAGAAAAUUGGCCGUGUCCAGUAAUGUGUAUCGGGCAAUGUCGAUGACGAUGUCACGAUACAAAAGAAAAAGACAGCUGCAUAUACGAAACAUAAUGAACCUGCAAAAUAAAUCCGUUGCGCUUCUGCAUCUGAUCAAGCGAAGCUCCCGGCACCGUACGAUUUGGACAAGGAUACGUUCCGGUAAAUUUUUUGAAGAAGAUGCUGAAAAAAAUGGAGAGAAGUUCUUUAAAGAGAAUUUCAGGAUGAACCGAAAGUGUUUUGACACAUUAUGUGGUAUGCUACGAGGAAUUGCAAAACAGGACACUAUACUGCGGAAGUGCAUUCCUCUGCAAAAAAGAGUGGGCAUUGCACUGUACGCAUUAGGAUCGUCAGCCGAAUAUCGCACCAUAUCAAAUUUAUUCGGAGUGGGCAAAUCAACAAUUUGCGAGAUUAUGCAGGAGUUCUGCACCGAAGUAUGGCGAGUUUUGCGGCCUAUUUAUAUGGAUUCAUUCCCGCUGCAGAAGAAUCAGAUUGAAGAGUGCCUCAAAGGAUUUGGACAAAUUGGCUUCCCGCAAUGCUAUGGCGCAAUUGAUGGAUGUCAUAUAGAAAUUCAGCCAAAGAAUGAUGAAGCUAUUGAUUACCACAACUACAAAGGGUGGUAUUCUAUGGUUCUGUUUGCGAGUGUUGACUACAGGUUUAGAUUCCAGUACAUUAGCGUGGGAAGCCCCGGGCGUUGCAAUGAUUCCAAAAUAUUCGAAAGUUCGAAGCUUAAAAGAGAGCUACAAAAUCCAAUUUUAAAGGAUUAUACUAAAAAAAUGUGUGGAAUUGAUGUUCCUGUUCUACUGAUUGGAGAUUCUGCUUUCCGUUUGUCAGAACUAGUUAUGAAGCCUUAUUCAUUCCAUGUAGAUGCCUCCGAUAAGGAAAAAACUUUCAACUAUACACUGUCAAAGGCCAGAAGGGUUGUAGAGAAUGCGUUUGGCCAUCUAAAGGCACGAUUUCGACGAAUUGGAAAAGGAUUGGAUAACAAGAUUGAUAAAGCAGCACUCGUUAUACAGUGCUGUUGUGUUUUGCAUAAUUUUCUCAACCAUAACAAUGAUACCAUAAAGAAGAAUUGGAUUCAACACAUGCAAGAAUAUGAACGUACACGACGGCAAAUACCGGACGAAAUUAAUACAAUCACGGAAUCAAAUUGCACUGCGAUAGCGAUUAGAGAGGCAAUUGCCAAUUAUUUAGCACUGAAAUCUAACAUCGAUACUCAGGAACCAUUGCGUGAACAUGAUGAGCAAGUUUUAUGAAAUAUUAAUAGCUUUUAAAUAUAAAAAAACGUGACAAGUAUAACUACUUUCAUUCC